AACAAAUUAGUAGGGGUAGAACUGCGUGCAAGAGCUUCCACCCAAACACAGCGAAAAACCACCUCGCCCUCUCUCUCUCUCUCUCUCCGUUUUCUGCUUCAAAGAUGGGCAGAGGAAAGUUCAAGGGCAAGCCCACCGGUCACCGCAACUUCUCGACUCGCGAAGAAAUGAUUGCUGGUAGCUCUUCUCGCCCACGAACUUUUAAGAAGGAAGAAGUCGAAGAAGAGGUAGAAGAGUCUGAAGAGGAAGUAGAAGAAGAAGAUGAAGAACCUGAGAAGCGGAAAGGCACCCAAGGUCUAAUUGAGAUUGAAAAUCCCAAUUUGGUGAAAGCAAAGAAUGUGAAGGCUGGAAAUGUUGAUCUGGAGAAAACGACUGAACUCUCAAGGCGUGAAAGAGAAGAGAUAGAAAAACAAAAAGCACAUGAGCGAUACAUGAGGCUGCAGGAACAAGGAAAAACAGAACAAGCAAAAAAAGAUUUAGAACGCUUAGCCAUGAUACGGCAACAAAGAGCGGAGGCUGCUAAGAAACGAGAAGAAGAAAAGGCUGCCAAGGAACAGAAAAAAGCGGAGGCCCGCAAGUGAAAGAUUCAGAAGACGCCAACUAGAUAAAUCUUGGUUGUUUAUCUCAAUAUUUAACUCUUCUACCUGUACUCUCAUGCUAUUAAAUUUCCAUAAAUAGUGAAGCAUUUUAUCUUGCAUCCGUCCGGAAAAUGUCAAGAAAAAUUGUAACAGCCGUUGUCCUGUCAUGGAGGAAAACUUGGUGUUGACUGUUGACGCUUAUUAUUCUGGUAGAUGGUUGGUUUUCUCUUUUA